AUGUGGGGCACAAAGUGUCUUUUAGUCGCCAAAGAGAGCCUUUCACGAACGUAUGAUUUUGAGGUUGAGGCCACGCGACGGCGCCUCGUGGGCGUCCUCAUGGUCGACCCGGGAUUCGACGAAGCUCGUGACAGCUCUUUCAAAAUGGCGGCGUCCUGGUUUGAAGUAUCGCCCACAGUUUCUGGAACGCUGGAAAGUUUUAGAACGAGAACGGUUUCGCGAGAAUCAUGUUUGCCUAUGUCGCGUCUUUACGAGACUCCUAUUAGCACAGCCCACAAGCGCUUUCAUCCGAAACGAUCUUCUGUGGGUUCACAUGGGGCUGACGCCAUUUUCGAUUCGAAGUGGCAGCAGACGGAGGACUUCGCGCGCAAGAAGGAGAUCCGCGCGCGCAUGUACAAGCUGCGCGAGCAGCGGCUGCGCGAGUUCUACACGACGGGGGAGGUGCUGCGCGACGUGCUCAGCACCACGUCCCUCGACGGCGGCGGCGACGGCGGCGGCCGGGGCGGGUUUAAUACUUCUCGUAAUAAUUUACUUAAUGGAAAUAAUGUGGUGACGAAGAGCAGCUCCUACGUGACCUCCGGCAUGACGCACGCCGACUCCCUGGCGGACGAGGGCUUCCUCACCCUCAAGUCGAAGGAGAUCCGCGACUCGGAGUCGCCCACGCGCGACUUCCACACGCUCCAGGCCCGCAACGCCGCGCUCAGCCGCUCGGCGGGCGACGACGGCUCCACGGGCUACUGGCGCGUGGUGCAGGACUCGGCCUGCGAGCAGUACAGCUCCAGCUCGCGCACGGGCCCCGACGGCGACACCGUCGUGCGCUCCUCGGCGCAGAGCGAGCGCCGCAACAUGGCGGCCGACUCCGAGUCGGACGGCGUCCAGACCAGCGUGCAGUCCGCCAGCUCAGAGAACACCUCGCACAUCCCGAGGGGCGAGGCCAUCGCGUGCGACGACGACUUGGGCGGCGGGGUCGUGACGGUUCGGCAGACGGGCGACGGCGGCACCGUCAUCCAGACGUCGUCCACCACCGGGGGCUCCCGCUCACAGCGGUGGGUCUCGUCCUCGUCAUCCAGUUCACGCAUGAGCAGCAGCAGCAGCUCCCGACAGCAGGUUUCGUCCUCGUCCACUAACACGUCUUCGACGGUGCGCGACGGCGAAACAAGGAACAUCAUUACGUCGUCGCUGGACCAAGAUAUCCCCUUCGACGGAACCGUGCGAACCUCUGUGAUCCGCGACCUUGAUACAGGAGAUCAGACCCGUGGUUCCACCACCAUCGAAAUCAUCCGAGGAGGCGGAGAUUCGCGCAGCAGCUCUGAAGUGGUGCAGUCCUCGUCAUCUUCGUCCGUCACUCGAAGCAGCAGCCAGAACGUGCAGCGUUCUCAGACGUCUGAGACGCGCGGAGGAACCGUCACCAGCGAGAUCACCAUGACCUCGACUCCCGUGCACAAGGUGGAGUACAUCACAACCACCACCGGCGGUGACUGCAACAACAGAGAGAUCAUUCUGGAUGUGAAUGUGGGUGGGAACACCACUGUGCAACAGCAGACCAAUCAGCAACAAUCCACGACUUCGAACACUGCCAACACCCGCGUGGUGGAGCAGAAGAUCAUGAGCGAGCUCCACAAGCUGGAUUCAUUCCUCUCCCAGCAUCCGGGAGGGGAUUCCUCACCGGCGACACCAGCCACGCCGGCGACGCCCGCGACCGCCGACACGCGCGACGGCGGCUCGUGGACGAUCGUCUCCUCCACGCAGCAGCAAGCCGACACGCGCCGCGUGGACGGCGACACCGUCAGCCGCGAGUUCGUCUUCCGGUCCGGCCGCGACGACCGCGAGUCCGUGUCUCGUCAGAACGACGCGUUCAUCCAGCAGGAGCGCGUCACCUCUGUGACGACACGAGAGGAAGACACCACGGACCGCGCGCCCCGCGACGCAGCCACGUUCACCAUCACCGUGGUGAAGAAGGAGGUGUCUGAGAAGCCGGAACCGCAGGAGCCGCUGCAACCGCAGCAACCUAGGCAGCCGCAGGAACCCCGACAGCCGCAAGAACCCCGACAGCCGCAAGAACCCCGACAGCCGCAAGAACCCCGACAGCCGCAGGCCCAGCAGCCUCAACCGACUCAACCCGACAGGCGGUCACCAGCUCCGGCACAGGAAGCUCCGCGACCCGCAGCACCCAAGGACAAAGAACCAACCGGCCCCCGUGAAGUGCCGGACGGAGAGUACAUCACCACCUAUCAAACCCACUACACGCCCAAGCGGAUCAGCGUGGACGUGAGCCCCACUCACAACGCGUUCGUCAGCUCUCUGCGCGCGUCUCCGGACAGGUUCACCCCUCCGUCCUCCACGCGCUCGUCGUCCAAGACGUCCCUGGACCGCGCGAGCCCCACUCGGUUCAACAAGCAGUACAGGAAUCGCACCAGUCUUGACAACAGCUUGAGCUCCCUGGGCAGGACCAGCCCCGACAAGAGCAUUCGCCGAACGUCUCCCGUUGACUCCAGACCGCGCAGCCCCGAGAAAGCGCCAGGGGCUAGAUCAUCGCCCCGCGCCAGUCCUGACAAGAAGACUCCGGGCGGCAGAACCAGCCCCGAAAAAUCGUACCAAUCUCCCGGAAGAGUGAGCCCUGACAAGGGUAGAACAAGCCCGGACAAGGCGUACCAAUCCCCUGGAAGGAGAAGUCCUGACAAGCCUGUGCAGUCGCCUGGCAGAUCAAGCCCUGACAAGCCGUAUUCGUCUCCUACGUCCAGCCCUGGCAAGACUCCUCAGUCACCGGGACGUACCAGCCCCACGAAACCGUACCAGUCCCCAGGUCGCACUAGUCCCACCAAGGCGUACCAGUCACCCGGAAGAACAAGUCCGACCAAGCAGUACCAGUCUCCUGGACGUACCAGCCCAACCAAACCUUUCCAGUCGCCUUCCAAGACGAGUCCCAAUGGCACUGUACCAGACCGGCGUCGGCCUUCUUCGGACCGGACGACCACAGUUACUACCAUCACCAAGACGAGCACUCGACGCGUGAGCUCCGGGGACAAACCGAAAGACAGCGUGCCGGCGUCUCCCGUUCGCAAGACUUCGGAGGCCAGCUCUCCCGCUCGCAAGCCGUCCGACACCUUCUCUCCAGCUCGCCGUCCUUCUGGUGACACCCCCACUCGCAACCACGUGUCGUCCACGGUGGUGACCGUGGGCCGCACCACCGUCACCAAGGACAAGCGCCGCCUGUCGUCGGGCGUCAGCCGCGCCGCCACCAAGAAGCGCUCCUCGACGCCGGGCGCGUCCCCGGGCGACAGCCCGUCCCGCGGCGACGCCCCCGAAGAGGAGCCGCGCGGAGAGAAGCCGCGCGCGGAGCGGCAGAGCCGCCCGCGCUCUCGCGGCAGCUCCCGAGGCUCCUCCACCACCACCUCGGACACCGAGGCCGCCACCGUCACCCUCAACGACACCGACGAAGAGACGCGCGUCACCAGCAUCACCGACGUCGUAGAUGACUCUGACGUCACCAUUGUGACCCGCCGCGAUUCCACCAACAUCACCCGCACUGAAGAGGAUAUUCGUAACACUACUCUGCUGUCGCGUACGGAUAUUACACUCACUGACGAGACCGUUACCGACCAGAAGAAGAGGAGGUGA